CGCCGAUUCAGAUCAUCAGAGAUCAGACGCCGAGAUUUUUUGGUUAGAUGUUGAAACUUACAUUUUCAUAGUAAAAGUACAGUGAUUUAUAAAACAUCAAUUUUGAAUAGUAUAUAUUUACUAUUGUAUUUUAUUAGAACAUAGAAAAUUCUCAAAUGUUUUAAAAAAUUCUUCCUUACAUUUCCAGCAAAUUGAGCCAUGGCUUCACCUUUGGAAAAUUUUGUUAACAACGUUAGAUCGUUGUGUACACAAGGUAACUACCGCGAACUGUGUGAGGUUCUCAACAAAUCCACCGAUGUGCUAGUGAAAUUCAGCCAGCACUUGGACAACGUGCUACAGACACUCGACUUGCAACAACACUCGUUGGGCGUGUUGGCUGUGUUGUGUGUGAAACUGGGCAUGCCCCCUCCCACGCCGCCACCUCAGCCCAGUGGUGGGGGGUCGGCCUCCUCCCCCUCCCCGGCGCAGGACUAUCACGAGUUGCUCUUUGCGCAGGUGCAGGAGUUCAUCAGCGGCUGUAACGGGGAGCAGGUGCGCUACGCACCCGAAUCAUACGCAGAGAUGUGUCACCUGCUGACCAAGAACCUGACAGAGCUGCGAUGUCCGUUGCGUGGCAUCGACCUGCUGUCGCGAGCCAUUCGCAAGAUACAGCUGAGCGACUCGCAGUUGACCUCCAUUCACGCCGACCUCUGCCGUCUCUGUCUGCUGGCCAAGUGCUUCAAGCCCGCGCUCGACUUUCUAUCCACCGACAUCACCACUAUUAGUCAGGAGGGUGCUCAGUUCGACGCGAAAUACUUUCUGCUGUACUACUAUUAUGGAGGCAUGAUCUACACGGCAAUCAAGAACUUCGAUAGGGCGCUGUAUUUCUUCGAAGUGGCCAUCACUACACCUGCAUUGGCUGUCUCGCAUAUUAUGCUCGAAGCCUACAAAAAGUACAUUCUUGUCUCACUCAUACUCAAUGGAAAGGUGGGCAACGUUCCGAAAUGCACAUCUCAGGUUGUGGGCCGAUUCAUUAAGCCACUCAGCCAGGCCUAUCACGAUCUCGCCACAGUCUACGCCUCCAACAACUCUGACGAGCUCAGCAAUAUUGUAUCCAACUAUCAGGAGAUGUUCAACAGGGAAGGAAACAUGGGUCUCGUUAAGCAGGUGGUAGCUUCUCUGUACAAGAAGAACAUUCAAAGACUGACAAAAACCUUCCUCACGCUGUCUCUGUCAGACGUGGCUAGCAGAGUCAAGUUGAGCGGGCCAGGCGAGGCUGAAAAGUACAUUUUGAAUAUGAUUGAAGACGGCGAGAUAUUUGCCACAAUAAAUCAAAAGGAUGGAAUGGUGAUAUUCCACGAUGAUCCAGAGAAAUACAAUAGUCCAGAUAUGCUUCAGAAGCUUGAAUAUGAGAUGUCAAUCUGUGCCGAUCUGGACAGGCGAAUCCAAGAAAUGGAGGAAGAGAUCCUAAUCGACUCGCAAUACAUCAAAAAAUCGAGCGGGGCCGCGGAUGACGAUAUUAAUCCCUCGCAAACGCCCAAAAUGGGCGGAUUCGCCAUGUAAUUACUUUCUAAUUACAUUAAUUACGAUGUAAUUACAUCCUAACAGAUGGACUCAAAGUGUACAGUAUCAAGAUACUUGUGAUUCGUGUAUGACAGAUUUGGUAUGUGUGAACGUGAUUUGUAUAAAUCUGUGGUAUUCUAUCAUUUCUGAUGUAUGAUUUAAAACUUUCAAUUAAAAAUAUAUUUCGCCUGAUUUUCAAAAAUAGUGGCAUCUACUUUAUUCAUCUCGGCAGCAGUUAAUAAGACUGGAUAAUGCUUUUAUAACACAAGAGAUUAUAGGACAUUGCCCAUAUAA